CACAGAACACCUGUCAUUUUUCCGUCGAAAACUUUGGAACUGUAUAAACAUUGCAAUAUUUGAAUAAUUCUAUAAAAAUUCAUGAUUGUAAUUUGCAUUCGAGAUGGAAGACAUAUGUCGCCUAUGUUCUUCUACGAAAUUUGUGAACAAUUAUAUUUUUGACGAAGAGAAAGCGUUAUUUUUAAAGAUGUCAUUAUAUCUGCCGAUAAAGGUUUUUAAAAACGAUCGCCUUCCCAAGAAAAUAUGUGAUAGGUGUAGCUGCAAAGUGAACGAUUUUUAUCAAUUUUGUAACGAAACAAUUGAAGUUGAAAGCAGAUUACGCAAACUUAUUUCAUCCGAUUUAUCCAUAACCCUAACACCUAGUACACCCAAUAGGGACCAAGUAGGACACAAUCAGUCCAAAGAACAGUCUACACAAACAGAGGACUUUGAUGUGAAAGUUAAAAGCGAACCAGAUAGGUCACCAUCACCAAUUAAAGAGGAAAAUGACUAUCCAGAUAACGACUAUGUACCAGAUCAUAUAUCCGACGACAGCGAUGACUAUCUUCUCAUCAAUAUCAAAAAGAAUAAGAAACAUAAAAGGAAAGACGAGAAAAACGGACAUGUACAAACCAAAAAGCAAGAUCGUAAGAGAAAGGAUAACAAUCUUAAUCUACCUUUGCAAUUAUUGGACGAUAGCAUGAAAACUGAGACCAAAGUGAACUUGGAUAUAGUUAAGGAGGAAUCCGAGGAUGAUUUCUAUUUAGAGACCAAGGAGGAAACUGAAGUUUUUUAUUGCUGCAUUUGUUUUACAAAGUGCUUGACGCGGCCUAUCAUGCUACAACAUUACAAAGAACAUGCAAGCAAAGUAGAGAAAUUAGACGCACCACCUGCCCCACCAUUCCCCGAACAAUCACCGCAACGUUGUUUAAGAUGUCAGAAAAUAAUAACAGACCCCAAGUUGUGGGCGGCCCACUGGCAGGGCCACUGGGAGAGAGACAGGAGGCCCUACCGGUGUUCUCUCUGCGAGAAGACAUUUAGGGACCAUCACAGCAUACUCAAACAUGGUCUAGCCCACAAGAUGCAGUACGAAUCACCAGAAGGCACGAAGGCCCCCAGCGCACCGGCGAAGCGCUUCGUUUGUGACCUGUGCCCCGAGGGAUUUGUUUAUAUGAGGUGCCUGCUCGCGCACCGCAGCAGCGCGCACCCGGAGGCGGCGAGCCGCGCGCUGGCGCUGCGCUGCGCGGUGUGCGCGCGCCAGUUCGCGCACCUCAACUCGCUGCGCCGCCACCUGCGCGCGCACAGCGGCGAGCGCGCGCACCUGUGCAGCGUGUGCGGCAAGGUGCUCUCCUCGCGCGAGCACCUCAAGUUCCACGUGCGCAUCCACACCGGCUACAAGCCCAACGUGUGCAAGACGUGCGGCAAGGGGUUCGUGAAGAAGUGCAACCUGACGCUGCACGAGCGCGUGCACUCCGGCGAGAAGCCGCACGUGUGCUCGCACUGCGGCAAGGCCUUCUCGCAGCGCUCCACGCUCGUCAUACAUGAGAGGUACCACAGCGGGGCGCGCCCCUACAAGUGUGGGGUGUGCGGGCGCGGCUUCGUGGCUAAGGGGCUGCUGUCCAUGCACCUCAAGAGCUCGUGUGUGGACCUGCCCCCGCCUCCGCCCCCGCGGGACACCCCCGACGGGAAGAUCGGACGGGUGCAAGUGAGAUUGUUGGACAGGCCGUGAGCGAUGCAUCAAAAGUUAGCUUUAAGAUGUUUUAAUUCCUAUUUUAAGUGAUAUGAAUCGUUAUUUUACUUUAAAUAAUUGUGUGCAACUAUUACCUCAUAAUGACUGUUCCUUUGAUUUCUAAAUGAGAUUUGUAAAAUUUUACAUAUUUUUAAUAAAAAAAAAGAUAUCGUAAUGAUAUUUGGGCAUUGAUUUUUUUUACUUGCAUCGCUAUGAAUAGCUGAAAGAAAUGUGAAAUAUCGAAAAAAUUACGUGACCGUUAAAAAAUGUGUAAUUUUUUUUUUAUAUGUACAGUUUGUUUGUAGGGUUGCCACGAUUGAGUUAGACCAUUGAUUUAAGGAAAAAUCUCCGGACUGCUUACUAUAAAUUUUAUUUAUUCUUGUAUGCAUAGAAAGUGUAAAUUAUUAUUCUUGAGUAAUAUUAAAUUAUUUCAAAAUCACGAUAGAGAUAAUGUUUUAACACAAAACAUGGCAAUUUCUUAUAUUUAUACACUAUCAAUUAGGUUUUUUAUACACUCAAUUUAGCAUUGACAAUCACCUUUUUUAAUUUAAUAAUGUAGAACUUAUUCUACCAUUUUGUAUAUUAUGUUCUACUAAUUUUAGUAGGUGCGAGAGAACCUGCGGGCACAGCUAAGCAACCAAGGCAACCCUACAAGCCGAUAAACAUUUAUUUUAAUCCUUGAAAUAUUCGUAUUGUAUUAAUAUACGAGAUUUAUUGCUAUAUGCGGGUAUAUGCGUGUACUGAAAAAGUAAUUUCAGUGUUUGACAUCACAUUAUAAUAUUUUUUUAAAGUAUGAGACUGAAAUAAUUUAAUUGCAGUUUUUUAUUUGAAUAAUGAAGAUACGGGAUUAUUUGUAACAUAUAAAAGUGUGUUACGCCAAUGCUUUAGGUAUUUUUAGUAAAUAUUUUAUGCAUUAUUUUUUAACGUAAUUUUUGUAAUGUUAUUUUGAAAUAGUAAACGACGUGAGCUCAAUUUUUUUCAACUCUCUUCACAUCCAAAUAACUGAUCAGUCUGUCAGUCAGUCAGUGAGUCAGUCAGUCUUAGAGUAUUUAAAACAGUGUUUUAAUUACUAACUAGCGGUCCGCCUCAGCUACCUGUGGUACAACAACAUUACCCGAUUUGGUCGAGCUGUCCCGAGAUAUGCGUUUAGGAACAAAUUUGACUAUUCAUUUAUAAAUAUGUAUAGAUAGUUUUUUAGUAAUUCAGAAUAUUUUAUGGAUAUUACGUAAUAUAUUUUAUGAAUAAUUCUGUAUCGAGUUAAAUGGCAAUUAACGUUUGUGUGUUUUCAACAGUUAAGAAAACGAACAAAAUAAGCUAAAAUUUCAUAAAAAAUAUAAUGUCUUAUUUUGUAAUAAAAGCCUAAUUAUUACAUAAAGGGCGAUUUAUGAAUCCUUGGUUAAAAUUUCCAACAAAGUAUUAUAGUUUGAAAUAAAAGCUAACAUGUAAAAAAUCGAACAUUUAGCAACACAUUAUUAAAAUGGUAGUUUAAUACAGUUUUAGAUGAAGUGAAUUUUAACCAAGGAUUGAAAUAUCACCUCUGUUUUGUGUUUAUGUGCUAAUGUGUCAGGUGUCAGAAAUAUUAUGUGUAUUUCAUGUUGAUAAUGGUGCAUGGAUGUUCUGUCUCUUUUCUUUGUUCAAUGAUAUAUGAGAUCGCAUUAUAUAUGUAUUCUGAAUAACAAAUUUUUUUGAACAUUGAAUGAUGAAUUUUUAUUUUAUAAUGUAUCGAAUUAUUAUGCUGUAUGUAUUUUUUUUAUUUUAUAAUUUUAUUACACUUGUGUGAAUUCACGAAGCGUGCACACAAGAAAUUAUCAAAUUGCAAAUUUUUGGUGUUUUCGGUUUGGGUCAUCACAUCAAAAUUAUCAUUUUUCAUAUCACAUAAACUUUGGAGUGUAGAGGUAACAAUAUUUUCCUUCGAAGAUUGUCCUUCAUUUGACAUUUGUGUUGUUUGAAAAUCGUCUGCGAGCAAAACAUCGAUUAAGUGCGAGUCGAACUCGCAGCACUAAGGAUUCCAUCCUACAAAUAGUUAAGGAGGUAAAAAUAAUUGUCACCCAUACAUUUUAUGACCGUGUGAACCGUUGCUUAACUUCGAUUUUUAUUGCUUGUUGUUGUAGUGGCAAUAGAAAUAUAUCAUCUCUGAAAAUCUCAACCGUCGUAACUAUAGCGGUUCAUGAGAUACAGCCUGGUAAGGGACGGACAGGCACACAGACCGUUACAUUAGGAUGUUAGCCUUUGGGUACGAACCCCAAAAAAAUUUUCAUUCAAAUUUUUUUUCAGUGUCCAUUGAAAGGGUAUGGUUUAUAAAAAUAAUCGGAUUGAACAUCUUAUUACAUAUCUCUUUCAACUGAGCAUUUUUAAAUUUUAAAAAUGAAGUUUUUUUUGUAAUCCAUUGCCUCUACACUCCAUGUAGGGUAUAAAUUUAUUUUGCAUAAUGUAUAGUGAAGAGGUGUUAAAAAUGUCAAGUGCCUGAUAUUGUGAUAAUUUUAAUUUCUCAUUAGUGAUAAUAAAAGCACAAUGUUUCAA